AUGGUCUUCCCACGGAUUCUCACUUCCUUUUCUCGCUCCUACUCCUCGGGUUCUGGCUCGAUUUUCAAGUCACCCAGCCCCAAUGACCGGCGCGAGGAAGUCCGAUCGUCGUCGCCGUCCUCCUCGACGUCCACGAUCCAGCCUCUCAAGAGAAACGAAGAGUCCGAGGACAUCACUCCCACAGAUGCAUACACUCCUCGUGACUACUCCGCGGCCUCCAAACCCGAGGAACGGGAGGCCAAGAAGGAGAGCGAGAACGCUGACGGAUGGAGCUACGGACCGGAAAGCGACAACAGCGACAUCAGCACUCUAGAUCUGGGCCCAAGCAUCACGACCUCGCCGGCCACUCCCAAGGCUUCGACCCCCCUCGCGACCCACCCGGAAUAUCCAUUGACGCCCCUUCCUGGGUCCGAGUCCCAGGAUGAUCCGUUUGAUCAGGUGAAACCACUCGAGCGAGAACCUGACUCGAAGUCUGCUGUCGGUCCGGAGGAGUCCAAUCAGCGCGUCAACAAUGUUCCUGCUCAUCGGGAAGAGCAGGCGGAGACGCCGGUUCGACCUCCAAAGCGCAAAUCCGACACGGUGGUAGCGACGUUUCGCACGUUGUCGUCGUCGGGCUCGUCGCUUUUCGCCGGUCUCAGGCCGGGCGUGAAUCGCGCGAGGACGUCGUUUCGCAGGGGUGGGGUGUUGAAUGAUUAG